UUUUGUGAAAACGCGCGCCACGAAUUGGAAUUGUAGCGCGCUGUUGUUCUGACUCCAGCGACGUAACACUUUUGGGUCUUGUUUGUAGAGUAAAACUACAUUAUUUAUAUUUCAAUUGAACUGAAACAUUCAGAAAAAUGGCGUACAACUAUGUUGUUACUGCGCACAAACCAACAGCUGUUAAUGGAUGUGUUACAGGUAAUUUCACAUCCGCUGAUGACCUCAACUUGAUCAUUGCCAAGAACACUCGGCUGGAGAUCUACGUCGUAACACCUGAGGGAUUGCGGCCAAUCAAAGAAAUCGGAAUGUAUGGACGCAUCGAGGUCCUCAAACUUUACAAACCUCCAGGACAGCCUAAGGCCUUGUUAUUUGUGUUGACAGCCAAGUACAAUGCCUGUAUCUUAGAGUGUGUGACAGAGAAUGGAACAGAAGAAAUCAUCACAAAAGCACAAGGAAAUGUCCAGGAUCGGAUUGGUCGGCCUUCAGAAACUGGACCGAUAGGAAUCAUUGAUCCAGAAUGCCGUAUGAUUGGAUUAAGACUCUACGACGGUCUCUUCAAGAUCAUCCCACUUGACAGGGAUAACAAGGAACUCAAGGCUUUCAACAUCAGACUUGAAGAACUGAAUGUGAUUGAUGUUCAGUUUCUCUAUGGAUGUCACCAACCGACCAUUGUCUUCUUACAUCAGGAUCCUCACGGAAGACAUGUCAAGACCUACGAGGUCAACUUGAGAGAGAAGGAGUUCAACAGAGGGCCGUGGAAGCAGGACAAUGUAGAGACGGAAGCAACCAUGGUCAUUGCUGUGCCGCAGCCUUAUGGGGGCGCCCUGAUCAUCGGACAAGAAUCCAUCACCUACCACAAAGGGGAUAACUAUGUAGCCAUCGCUCCACCAACCAUAAAGACUAGCACACUGGUCUGCUAUGGUCGUCUGGACAACAACGGUUCUCGAUACCUGCUUGGUGACUUGACCGGUCGUCUGUUCUUGCUACUACUCGACAAGGAGGAGAGUAUGGAUGGGCCAACUACUGUUAAGGAUCUCAAACUGGAGUUCUUAGGAGAGACUUCGAUAGCUGAAUGUCUUACGUACCUUGAUAAUGGAGUGGUCUUUAUCGGAUCUCGUCUCGGGGACUCACAGCUGGUCAGGUUGAAUACAGAGUCGGAUGACAAUGGAUCAUAUGUGACAAUGAUGGAGACGUUCACCAAUCUUGGACCGAUCGUAGACAUGGCUGUAGUGGACCUGGAUAGGCAAGGACAAGGACAGUUGGUAACCUGUUCAGGAGCCUACAAAGAGGGCUCCCUUCGCAUAAUAAGAAACGGCAUCGGAAUCCAUGAACAUGCCAGUAUUGACCUACCGGGCAUCAAAGGUAUCUGGCCAUUGAAAGUGGAUAUGAACUCCCAAUUUGAUGAUACUUUGGUGCUUUCUUUUGUUGGUCAAACAAGGGUUCUGAUGUUGAAUGGUGAAGAAGUAGAAGAAACAGAAUUACCUGGUUUUGACGGUGAUCGGCAGUCGUUCUACUGUGGCAAUGUAGCACACAAUCAAAUUAUUCAGAUCACCGGUGCCUCUGUGCGUUUGGUCAGUACACCCACCAAACGAAUGGUGAGCGAAUGGCAACCUCAAUCAGGGAAGAACAUCAGUGUUGCAUCGUGUAAUAGCAGACAAGUAGUCUGUGCUGCAGGCUCGGAUAUAUAUUACCUUGAGAUCUUUGAGGGAGAAGUGAGACAAGUCAGCACUCUAACUAUGGAGCAUGAGGUGGCUUGCCUGGACAUCACACCGCUGACCGGUGACUUCACAGACCUCUGUGCUGUAGGUCUGUGGACAGACAUCUCGGCGAGGAUACUCAAACUGCCCACCAUGGAAUCAAUGCAUGUUGAGCUACUAGGGGGAGAAAUCAUCCCUCGAUCUAUCUUAUUAACAACCUUUGAGGGUCAGAACUACAUCCUCUGUGCUCUAGGUGAUGGGUCACUAUUCUACUUCCAGCUCAACGCUGAAACAGGUUACAUGACAGAUAGAAAGAAGGUGAUCCUUGGGACACAGCCGACAGUAUUGAAGACGUUCAAAUCUCACUCAACGGUCAACGUGUUUGCCUGCUCGGACAGACCAACGGUCAUCUAUUCCAGCAAUCAUAAACUUGUCUUCUCCAAUGUCAAUCUGAAGGAGGUCAGCUAUAUGUGUCCUCUGAAUUCUGAUGGAUACCCAGACAGCUUAGCUCUUUGUAACGACACAACCCUGAUGAUCGGUAGCAUCGACGAGAUCCAGAAACUUCACAUCCGUACCGUCCCUCUUGGAGAGACACCACUACGCAUCACGUAUCAAGAGUCCUCGCAGACGUUCGGUGUCAUCUCGACCAGGACCGAUGUCGUCGAUUCCUCGGGGACGACGGCAUCCAUGGGACAGACCCGACAGAGCGCGAGCACCAGUGCUCUGAACAUCACGAAGAGCGGAGGCAACAAGGGGAUGGCAGGGCAAGCUGGAGGCAGCGGGGAAGGGUCAUCAUUCGGAGAUGAAGUUGAAGUCCACUCACUGCUCAUCAUUGACCAACACACAUUUGAAGUACUCCAUGCUCAUCACUUUGGUGCAUCAGAAUACGCAACGAGUCUGAUCUCCUGCAAGCUUUGUAAUGAUUCUAACUGGUAUUACAUCGUUGGUCUUGCUAAUGUUCAUCCUGACGAAGCAGAGCCGAAGAGUGGAAGGAUAGUAGUCUUUCAAUAUAUUGAUGGCAAACUCCAAGAGAUCGCAGAAAAAGAGAUUAAAGGUGCCCCAUACUCACUGGUAGAAUUCAAUGGCAAACUCCUAGCAUCAGUCAAUAGUGUGGUUCGUCUGUUUGAGUGGACCCCAGAGCAUUCGUUACGCGUAGAAUGCAGUCAUUACAACAACGUAUUAGCCUUGUACCUGAAGACAAAAGGAGACUUCAUAGUCGUUGGGGAUUUGAUGCGGUCAAUUACGUUACUGGCAUACAAGCCAAUGGAAGGAUGCUUGGAAGAGAUUGCCAGAGACUACAGUCCUAACUGGAUGUCAGCCGUAGAGAUCUUAGAUGAUGAUACCUUCUUAGGAGCUGAAAACUCGUCAAACCUCUUCACAUGCCAGAAAGACAGUGCGGCAACAACAGAUGAAGAAAGAAGGCACUUACAGGAGGUGGGUCUAUUCCAUUUGGGAGAGUUUGUCAACGUGUUCCGCCAUGGAUCUCUAGUAAUGCAGAACAUUGGAGAGAGCACAAUACCCACAACCGGCAGUGUGCUUUUUGGUACCGUCAGUGGAUCAGUAGGUCUGGUGACCCAGAUUAACGAGGAGUUCUAUCGAUUCCUUCUUGAAGUCCAGAACAAGCUAACCAAGGUCAUCAAGAGUGUGGGAAAGAUCAAACACAGCUUCUGGAGAUCAUUCUAUUCUGAGAGGAAGACGGAGCCGAUGGAUAACUUCAUCGAUGGUGACCUUCUAGAGAGCUACCUAGACCUCAGCAAGGAUACAAUGGAUGAAGUAGCCCUAGGACUACAGAUUGAUGACGGAGGAAUGAAGAGAGACUGCACAUCUAACGAUCUCAUCAAGAUUAUUGAAGAACUAACGAGGAUUCACUGAAAUUCCCCUACAGUACUACCAAUACAAGGUACAAAACGACCCAGUUUCAUAAAACCUAUCGGACACAUGGUCCUGUUAAUAGCUACUGUUUUCUUGCAAUUUCAUUGGCCAGUAGGAAAUAUGUCAUUGAAUCCUGGUAUUUAUCAUUGAUAAGAAAUGUUAUGAAACAUGCAUGGGUCUAUUAUGGACUGUGCAUUUCUUUAUAAUGUACAUCAAUGGUGUUGGACAACGAGCUUGUAUGUAUUUGCAUGAUUUUUGCAUAAAUCCAGUGUACUUCAGUGAAUGACAACUGUUGUCUUUUAGAGGUCUGUUUUUGCCAUUUUGUAAUGUGUACCAAUGACAAAAUCACAUUGGCCUGUAACAUACACGUAUGAUUCUGAAACCUUAUGUUGCCAAACCAUGGAUUGUUAAUUUCAUAUACUGGUAUUAGGAUUAAGUUAGGAUGAAAUUUACUUCCUGUGAAUAUUAUUUAUAGAGAAAACUGUCUCACCAUGAUUGUGAACGAUAAAUGUCUUUUGUCAUCAAGCAAAAAUCACCAAAUAAAUUAGUAUUAUGCACCUGAUGGGUUUUUUUUUGCCAUAGGGCAAUGAGAUCACUUAAUUUCUAAUGAACCAACUCAGAUGUUCUCAAAGAUCACAUGCACAGCACACAGAUGAGCAUUUAUGGGACUACACCAAAAUCGCUGACUCAAUAUUUUCAGCCCUUAAUGUGUUAAACGCUGUAUUUUGAAUGUGAGGGAGUUGAAGUGUAAUCCUUCGCAGUGAGAAAUUUUGCCGUGGCAGUCUUAGUAAAUGUUGAAAUCAGGAAGCCAGUGAUUGUUUCCAUCUUUCACUUUAAUGUGCAUAAUUUAUUGAAAAGGUGGUAAAAAAAACCCUCACAGAAUUGCAUGUAUGGGACUAUACACAAAUGCACCGCCAAAACAUAUCAGUUGUUAUAUUUUCAAUGUUAGGGAAACAGUUCUUUGCGAUGGAUAGGUUUUUUUACAAUAUAUCUACAGACAAACAUGAUUAGAACGUGAAAAUUCAUAGCCAUCAAUUCUCUGAUAGGUGUUUGCCUUUAAGCAGUGUAAAUACUUGUAUAUUUUUUGUAAAAUAAUGUACAUGUAUCAUUCGUGCAUGGUUUAAACUCUGUGUAUAGAGCCACACUAUGGGAUCUAAGUAAAUGUUGGAAACUUACAUGGUAAAGCUAGGGUCCCUUUCACUAAGAGUUACAAUAGAUCAAAUGAAACUCAAGCUGAUAUUGAUUUUAAAUUGUAUAGUAUUAUAGAGAUGGGAUUUCUGAUCAAUUCCAGUUUGAGUUCAAUUUAAAAUCUUUUGCAAGUCUUUGUCAGACCGGGCUACGGGUAAUGUUAAAGUAGUGGUCGAUCGCAGUCACCUGGAUGGCCAAUCAAAUUAGCUGGUGCAUGCUCAUAUUGAUCAGAGUACAAUCAAUCAUUGUUUUAUCCUUGUUAUUGAUUGCAAAUAUUUGUGUUACAGCCCCCUCCCUUUCAUUCUUUAAUAGCCACUGUGUGGAUAAGUGUACAAAUGACUUUAAAAAGUAUAUCCAGACCUCUGAAACAUUA